GAAUGGUCUAUUAAUUAUCACUGUGACAUGGUUCAAAAAUUAGGUGUUGCAUAUGGUUCUUAUAUUUCCAAAAUUGCAUUUAUUAAUAAUGUGUGUUUAAUUGCAGCCUCUUUAAGAGACCAGAAACUACAAUGUAUUAUUACAACUGCAUCAUCAACAACAGAUGGUGAUGAGGUUAAACGUAUAGUUAAAGGGCAUAAUG